AAUGUAAACAUGGAAAAACGGGUUGCCUAUCUAUUCGACUCCAGCAGAUGUAUUGGCACCGAUGAGGAUCGAAAAAAUCAAGCUACAUUAUUGGUACAAUCAUUGCAUAAGCUGCUUCAAUAUGCGCAUGGAGAAGAUUACGUUCAAGAUGUUAGUUCGUUUGCAUUUCAAUGGUUGGAAGACAUGCCACGCCAAGACAACAACUAUGAUUGUGGUCUUUUCGUCAUCAAAUAUAUGCAAGGGAAACCUUUGCCUUCGGGUGUAAUCAAGUUUGACUAUUUGCAUAGGGCUCGCUUGUUACUUGAUCUUGUGAUAUACAAGCAUAAUUCAGCUCCUAUUGUUGGUGAUAUCGCGCAAUAUAAAGCUGAACUCAGAGCUAGGGGUGAAUUGAAAUGGAAGUAGAGGCUAACAUGAGCUGGAAAUUAGAUUUU